AUGGCUUUCAUUGCCCUUGCCCUCGUCUGCGUUCUGCUUUAUAUCAUUUUUGUUCUCAUCUCCCACAACCAAGGCCAGAAGAGUCUAUCUCACGAAGGGUUCCUCCAGCAGGUUACUCAUCUGCUCCAAAGUAUCGGUCAGCAAAAGACGCCUCAGGGCUCAAAGAUCUUGAAAAGAAAAGAGCUUGAAGACACGUUUGGCCCGACGACAUGGCAGAGAGAGUCGUAUGAUGCCUUCCAAGCUGCUGUCUGUUCAACAGACCCCGUGGCUUUCCCCUGUGUAUAUGCUACCAAGGGCUUCAAGGCAAAGGAGCAUCGAUACAUCUUCCUGGAUUCCGAAGACAUGAACAACAAGAAGAACAUUUCCACCUUGGCCACUGCUCUCAAGGAAUACCUCACCACCCCACACUCAGCACUAGGCCCCAACACCAGCCUGGUUGUUCUUUUCCCUAUUGCCAACUCCCAGCUGUCGCCUCGAGAAUACCAUCAGAAAUACUGGGACUGUCUCCGUGCGCUAAGAAAAGUCGACACGAAGCCAUGGCCAGCAAACAUUCCAACAGACACAGAUACCCCGCUGUGGAAAUUUUGCUUUAACGGCGAGCCUGUGUUCAGCGCAGCUAUGACACCUUCUCACGAGAAGCGACGAUCGCGAUAUGCACCUUGUUUCUGCAUUGUGUUCCAGCCUAACUUCGUGUUUGACAUUCUCUUCGCCACAGAAUUGAAGAAGAAAGCGGCUAUCUCAAAGGUUCGAGGGCUGCUGGCAGACUUCGAUGAGGUGCCCAUUAGUCCGGAGUUGAAAAACUAUGGAGAUGUGACUGGCCGGGAGAGCAAGCAAUAUUUCAUCAUGGAUGAAAACCAAUCAUCUCCACCGUGCCCUUACACAUCCCUUGAUGUCUAA